UAGAGGUCAGACCAGACGAAAUGACCAAUAGGGUUUAUUGAAAAUUCCUACAGUUCUAGAAAAUUUCCUCACGGACUUUUUCAAUUAGAAUAUCAAUUAAUUCCGGCAUCUUUGCUUUCCUACUUAUAAAGUGACAACAUCACACCAAACUUCAUUCCAACUUUUCAAUCACAUACAAUUCUGUGUUGACAACCAGACACACAGCGUACACUUCCUCUCCCGAUUGAGCAGAAAUUUCUUGGUCUUCAUCUGAGUUUUUUGAUUCGAAGAAGAUGGCAGAAGCUUUAACAGAAAGCCAGAUUGCUGAGUUCCAGGAAGCCUUUUGUCUGAUUGACAAAGAUUCAGAUGGGGUUAUAACCUUGGAAGAACUAGCCUCGGUGAUCCAAUCACUAGAUGAACGUCCGACGAAAGAAGAAGUUCAUGACAUGAUUAGUGAGAUUGGUGCUGAUGGAAAUGGAACAAUAGAUUUUGAAGAGUUCUUGAAUAUCAUGGCAAGGAAGAUGCAGGAAAACGUUGCUGAGGAGCUAAAAGAAGCAUUCAAAGUAUUUGACAGGGAUCAAGACGGUUAUAUUUCAGCUUCUGAGUUGAGACAGGUGAUGAUAAACUUGGGAGAAAGAUUGAGUAAUGAAGAGGCUGAGCAAAUGAUCAAAGAGGCUGAUUUGGAUGGUGACGGUCUAGUUAGCUAUGAAGAAUUUGCAAGGAUGAUGCUCAGCUAGCUGUUCUUAAUUUUCUCUCAAGUACUAAUAGAAAUAGAGGAAAAAAAAAAAAAAUACAAUGUGAGUCUCUGUAAACCCCAUCAUCUUGAAAGUGCAUGUUUUGCAGAGUUUGUUGUACUAUAUGUAGGAUCUCUCUUCCACAUAUAAGUAAAAUUUUAAAAUUUACAUUUACAGACAGUCCAUAAUGACGUGUAGCUCUAGUGGUUAAGAGCAUUAUAAUUAAAAUUCCGAAAACAGACUUCUUCUCCA